AUGACCCUCCUCAUGGCGAGCCUUGAGAGGGUAAUCAAGCCUAACAUAGCUUUGUUAUAUCAGUGGGGUGUUGGAGAUGUUGUUCGGCUUUGCACAGACACAGCGUGGUUGCUUACCUUCAACCCGGAACGCGUGAAGGAGUUUUUGCUGCGGGCGGAAGAACUUGGGGUGCCUCCUACUUCGCGAAUGUUUAGGCAUGCGGUGGCCGUCGUUGUCGAUAAUUCCAAAGAGAAGGUUGCUGCCAAGCUUGAGUUCUUUGAGAGGACUCUUGGUUGUUCUGAGUCUGAGGUUUCCACUGCAGUGUCCAAGAUGCCAGCUAUAUUAGGAUUCUCUGACAAAAAUCUUCUCCGCAAGAUCGAGUUCCUAGUCAACGAGGCUGCGAUGGAGCCACGGUACAUUGUGGAAAGGCCUGUCCUGCUCGCAUACAGCCUGGAGAAGCGGCUUGUGCCCCGGCAUCAUGUUAUGAAGGUUCUGCAGGAAAAGGGAUUGCUAAAUAGCAAUACAAGCUUUUACACGUUAACUAAAUUCGGAGAGGUGACAUUCAAAUUGAAGUUCAUCGACUGUCACAAGGACUCUGUUCCUGGACUCGCAGAUGCUUAUGCUGCAGCUCGUGCUGGAACUGUGCCCUCUAGUAGAAUCUAA